AUGUCAGACGACGGAUCCACUACUGUUGAAAAGAAGAGGGGGCGCCCUAAGAAUACUGAGGAGUCUUCUCCAAAAGAAGCUAAAAAAAGAGGUCGUCCUGCCUCUGAUAAGAAAGAGAAGAAGGAUGAAGGUGAAGCACCUGCAAAGCGUGGCCGUGGUAGACCAAAGGGCUCUGUAAAAAAAGGAAAAACAAAAACCAAGGCCAAGACAACUGGUAGCACUGGCAGAGGGCGUGGUCGGCCAUCUAAAAAGGAAGAAAAGAAAGCAGAUUCUGCUGAGGAGGAAGAUGAAGAGGAUGAAGAUAAUGAUGACAAUUGA